AUGGUCACCCUUCCAAACCGCGGCUGCACGAAACGCGGAUAUAACUUGCGCUACACCUUGUGUUCAGUUUGCCUGGUGUCUGUACUGAAAAAAAUGCCGGACCCUAUGAAUAUGCGCAACAACAACUCUGAAGACAGAACUAAGAAGGAGCUAGAAAGGGUAGCUAGAGAGGAACUCAGAGAGACUGAGAACGACAAUUUCCUUCUACGAUUUCUGCGAGUCAAAAAAUACAGCAUACCAAUGGCUCAGCAGAUCCUGUUAAAGUAUUUGAACUAUAGGAAGAAGUUUCGUGAGAUAUUUUAUAACCUAGACUACAGAGAUCCAAAAAUCAACGAACUGAUAUCUAAAGGAUAUAUCUUUGUUAGCCCAUUUCGUGAUUCUAAGUGUAAAUUUGAUGUGAGCAAGUUCAACGGAGUCGACUUAGCUAAGUCUCAUGCCAUUACUUACGAAACUUUGCUAGAUGAUGACGAGACUCAAAUCUUAGGAGCACACCACGUUGCAGAUGUUGAAACUAUCAGCCCUCAAUUCUUGACUUUCAAUCAUUUCCAUUGAGGCACAAAGAAAUCAAUUUGCUCAACAUGCCGCUCGCAUUGAAGUAUGUCUACGACUUCGCAAAAUCCAAUAUGAGCCAAAAAUUAAGGGAUCGAUUUACGGUAUAUCAUUCCAAGGACAGCAUGUUGGAGAAAGUGGACAGACACUGCCUUCCUAAAGAGUAUGGGGGCGAAGUUCCAGCUAAAGAGAUGAUUGAUUUGUGGAAAGUUGAGUUAGCUACGAAAAGAAAAAGACUCCUGUCGUUUGAUUGCAUGAAUCUGUUAAGUGACCAAGGAAUUAUGUGUAGGAAAAACAGACAAACUGAGGACAGUACGGGGAGCUUGCUAGGAAGCUUUCGGAAGCUUGAGUUAGAUUAGCUUAUUAGGAUUUUAAAAUUGACGUAUUCAAUUUAUUAAGUCACCUUUCAUGAUCGUAUUCAUUUAAUAUAAUCUAAUCAUAUUAGCAAAUUUCCCCGAAAUAACUGAAAAGUUUGAUUUUAUUGGUGCAAGUUGUUCAAAGGGAUAUUCAAAACAUGGACACAUAAAAUGGGUACACCGAGUUUUGUUGGAAAACCUUUUAAUCGACAACAAAGAAUGGGGCCAUAUUACCGUGCAAAGUAUAUAGUAGAAACGAAUCUCUCAAAGUUUUACCUACAAAAACCAGAUAUGUAAUACUGCAGUUCGGCUCCAGAGCACUCAUUGUGUGCCCACAUCGCAUAGCUUUGGCACUGAACCCAUAUUCCGCCCUGUCGGUCACCAGAGAAACGCCGGUCACAAAACAUACAAGUCGCAUCGUUGUUCUCAGAAACUGCCCCUUGCAAAGAUUCAUCAACAUCGGAAUCAUCAUCACUGCUUGGAAGAACAUCUUCAUCACUGUCAGAACUGCUGCUUGUACUAGAGGCUUUUCUGGAAACUUUUCCUUUUGACAAAAAGUUACGUCGAACUUGCUGUACACUGUUCACGCGACCCCGACCCCGUGCAGCUACUGCCACUGUAGUUCUCUUCACGGAUGCUUCUAAUUCCCUUAUGUAAGUUGAUAAUCUAAGUUCAGCAGCCGAUGAUGCUUUGCGUCCUCGAGUUGAAGCUUUUGUUUUGGGUUUCGGGAUAGGUGAUGUAUCAUGCGGUAAAACAAAAGAAGAUUCAGAAGCCGAAGAUCCGGGCUGAUCAUUGGGAUUCGUUUUUUCUACACGAUCAUUGAUUUUCGAUGGCCCAGGCUGUACAUCUGUUGCUAGUGGUUGUAUCACUGUAGAUGUUGCCGACUUGUUAUGUGGUGCUAUCGUUACAGCGAUAUACAGGGUUAGUUCAAAGGGCACAUAGUAAAAUACACUAGUGUACCUUGCCGAUAUGAAUCACAAACCAGUCUGGAAGGUAAAUGUUAUUUUUCUGCAAAAAAAGGAUUGGUUACGUUUUUUCUUCUAAACAAAUUUAAACAUUUCGUAUUUGUAAGUACCUAAUUAGCAACAAAAGAUGUUCAAUUACUCACAAAUACGAAAUGUUUGAAUUUGUUUAGAAGAAAAAAACGUAACUUUUGUUUUUCGCAUAAAAAUAACAUUUAUCUUUCGGAAUGAUAUGUGAUUCAUAUCAGAAAGGCAAGCACGUGUAUUUUGCUAUUAGGAGCUCUUUGAAAGAACCCAGUAUAUUGCUCAAUAAACUAGUAGUGAUGGGCGGAUAACAGUGGUUUGGGAUAAACAACUAGAAAUUCUCAAAUAACUACUUUAGCAAUAUAAUCCAAUUCUACGGAUUUGAAGAAUUUCUCAAGUGCCAAAACCUGCAUUUUGCCUCGCUUUUCGGCCAUAACAUUUUUGCCAUUAGUCGGAUCUUUUUACGUGUGGUUCAUUUUAUCUCAUAAAUACCUAAAAACCUUAUAUGAAAAGUUUUUUCAUUCAACACGUUUUCUCAUUCUUUGUUGUCAAAUAAAAAGUUUUGUCACAAAAAUUGGUGUACUUAUUUUAUGCGUCCAUGUUUUGAACAACUUGCAGCAAUAAAACCAUACUUUACAAUCAUUUCGGGGAAAUUUGCUAAUACGAUUAGACUAUUACACACUUAGUCAAUCAAAGCAAAAAAAGUAUGUUGUUUCGAAAUGAUUCUUGGGCUUUUGCCCAAAUAGUAGUAACUAUUGAGCAUAAUCAAUGAGUUUCUAGUUUACUAGAAAUGGAGCUACUUAGUUUAAUCCGAAGUGGACUUCUCUCUCUUUGGAUAUUCACUAUGGUGCCAUUCUCAACCUUUUGAUUAAAACCUGAAAUUUCAGAAAGUGCGACUCAUUUUCUAUUAAAAAUCAUUAAGCAUGGAGGAAACGAGCACGCUGCAGACCAUUACAAUUUCCUUUCUAUUGAUUGGCUCAUAACAUUAUUAAACUUAUUCUUGCUUGUCAAUAGUAAGUUAUAUCUGUGUUGCAAAUAUCGAAAUAAUUAGGUAGGUAUAGAUUAUGUAUAAAAUAUUUGUUUUUCAUGCAUAUUUAUGAUUAUCUGCUCCGUUCUUUUUCCGUUACGGUGAUAGCAUUAUUUAUAAUUUCCAACAUUGUAUUUACACGAAAGAUUAUAGAUAUAUUAAUUUAAGUAGCCUUAAGAUAAGAUAAAGUUAUCAAUUUAGUACAUACAACUAUGUAGUAUUGUUUUUCAAAUCCGAAUAUGCUGUACCACCUCAUCAUCACAAAAAUGAUUUAAGUUAGUUCUAGUUAUAUGUCUUUCCUUUUUGUUGUUUUUUGACAUCUGUUUUCGCUUUUUUUUCAUUACAUCUUUCUUAAACUAGUGUUAUUUUAAACUGCAGAGGUUGCCCCAAUUGUUCAAUAAUUAGUUAUUUCUUAGUAUUCUUAUUUUCCUUAUUUCAUCCUACAUAUAUUUCGUGGUUGGGGAGGUAAGAUAUUCAUUAACUUGGAUCAAAUCAUUUGGCGAAACAAUCGUGGCCAGGAAGCUCA